AUUUUUUAGUUAUCGAAUACGAAGAAUUAUUAAGGAUCUCAGUAUGCCUCUAUCCAAACAAAUAGAAUUGAAACUUAUAGACAUACAUCGAGUUGUGGACAUUCAUAACGACGCAAUCAAGCAUAUUAAUUUAGCCACAAGUAAUGCAGCGACACAAUAUCUGCUGGCAAUUGUUGUCUGCAUAUUGUCAUUCUCUGUAAAUCUUUAUCGCCUAUAUAAUGCAAUAACAACUAUGGACGAUCGAAUCGAAAUCUUCGGUUCUGCUUUUAUAGUUCUUUAUCACUUAAUGAUCGCAUUUUACAAUAAUCAUUAUGGACAAUUAAUUAUUGACAGUAGUUUUGGCAUAUUUAACGAAUUAUAUGCUUCUACGUGGUAUCGCAUUCCUUUAAAAGCGCAAAAACUAUUAUUGUUUAUGAUUUUGAGGAGCUCAGUGGGUUGUGAAUUAGGUCUUUCUGGUUUAUUCACUCCAUCUUAUGCAGGUUUUACGUCGAUGAUGAGUUCGUCCUUCUCCUAUUGUGCCGUUAUAUAUUCAAUUCAAUAAAUAUUUUGGGAUAAUACUGACAUUUUAUUUAUAAUAUAAAUAUUGCAAUCAUAUGGUAUUGUUGUUAUAUAGGUGGAUUUGAAUAAUGGAUAUUUGUGAAAUAUAAGCACAAUUUAAGUAAUAAAAUGUAAACGAAAUAAUGUUGUAUUUCACAAAUCUGUUAAUCGUUUUCCAGUUAUUGAAAUAUUUAUUGUUGCAAUAAUAUAUGAUAAC